UCACGCGUCCCUUUGCGGUCACUUCGGUUUCAGGCUGAUUCCUCGGCUUCGGUUGGAGAAGGAGGUGUUGGCGUUUGACGGGGAUUUUUGGAAGGAAGCUUGCGGUCUUUGUUCAUUCAUUUGAUCGGUUGGGUUCCUUUGUUGGACCAAAAGCAUGGGAGCACAAAUCUCCAAAACCGCUGGAAAAGAGGAAGCUGCGGUGGAAAAGCCGGCAGAAGGCGCGGCUGUUGCAGCAAAGGCAAACGGACAGGAGAAUGGCCACGCCAAGACCAAUGGGGAUGCCUCUCCAACUGCAGAAGAGGCCAACAAAGCUGAUGUUCAGGCCAAUGGCAGCACUCCUACUGAAGAUGCACCAAAAGAAGAGGGCGAGAAAGUAGAAGCUGCUGAAGCCAAUGGAGAGAAGGAGCCUGCCGCCACAAAUGGAGAGGCUGCCGCCAAACCAGAGGAAGGCACUCCGUCCACCAGUGAGGAUGGCAAGCAGAAGAAAAAGCGCUUCUCCUUCAAGAAACCCUCCUUCAAGCUCAGUGGCUUCUCUUUUAAGAAGACCAAGAAGGAUUCUGAGGAGGCAGCAGAGGAGGGAGCAGCGGCAGCUGAACAACCAGCAGAGGGAGAAAAGGCGGCAUCAGAGGAGGCAGCUGCUGAGGAGGCCAAGCCAGCCGAGGCAGCAGAGGAGGGAGCCAAGGAGGCUGCAGCUGAGGAGCCAAAGGCUGAGGAGGAAGUGAAGGCAGAAGAAAAAGCAGCAGCAGAAGGAGAAGAGGAGAAACCAGCUGAAGCUUCACCCACUGAACCAGAGACGGCAGCCAGUCCAGAGGCCACAGCCGCUGAAUAAUCCUGCUGAACAAGACACCGGAAUGAAGGAGAUGAUGGAGCCCGUCUGAAGGAAUGCGAGGACUUGUCUAAAACCAGGGAUUUUUUUUGUUUAUUUUUUGUUGGUGUUUGUUUACUAUUCUGCAACCAUCUCAUCCACAAUGACUGCAAUGUCCUUGGCAGUGAUGGACAGGAGGUGUAUUGGAGAGUGCUGCUUCCUCACUGCUCAUUGGUGCUUGCAUUUGUGACGUGGGUGAGUGUGAAAGUGCGAA